AUGGAAAGAAGUAGAGAUAAAUUAAGAAAAAGUAUUCUAAGUAAUAACGAAAGAGAAGUAAAAGACUUAUUAAGUAACAGCUUAGAUCCAAAUUAUGAGGGCGGAUGGCCAAUACGAUUAGCAGCGCGCCAAGGUUGUUGCGGUUUAGUCAAGUUAUUUUUACGAUAUGGUGCAAAUCCACAUCUCAAAAGUGAUUCUGGGGCUUCAACUUUACAAUUGGCAGUUUAUUCAGCCCAACAUUGGGACAUCGACUGUUGGAGCUUUCUACUAUCUUGUUGUGACUCUUCACAAUUAGCCGAUGGCGCUGCAGUCGCAAUAAUUUUUGGUAAUAUAGAUGCCUUGAAGAAAAUACUUGAAACAGGCCGCUGUAACACAAACAUACCCACAUCAUUAACUGGAAAGACGGUAGAAGACCUUGCAAAAGGAUAUAAACUGCAAUAUCUCGUAAACACCGGUGUACAAAACAAUUCACUUCAAAUUAACGUGACAUCGUCAGCUUCGUCUCUAUCACCAAGAAACUCAAGACAACAUAGAGCGAAUAUACGAAGAUCGCCUGUACCGCAUCACCGCAAUCUGUCACCUUCGGUUGCAAAUUUCUUUAACAUAGCAGCACAGACAUCGAUGACACCGCCUCGUUCUCCCUUGGGGUCUCUGUUUUCACCAACGACUAGAUAA